ACAAAACAAAGCCCUCUAGAAAACCAACCGCGCCUCUAGAAAACACACAACACAACACACUCUGUUUCUCUCUCUUCAAGUUUGGACCAUCUGCGUUGAUCUCACGCCUAAAUUCUUCCUCUCUUUCUCUCUCUACCUACAUUUGAAUCCGGAUCCUUCGCUUUCGAGUCCCGCCACAAACCCUAUUCCUAUUUCUCUGUCAUCCAUUUCUUUUUUCUCUCUAGAUUUUCUGAUUUCCGUCACACAACUGUGCGGACAAUGAGGAAAGGAACUAAGAGGAAGACGAGGCAGAAAGAAGAAGCUGCCCAACCAGAGGAAGCGAACAAGAAACAAUUGACAAAGACAACUCGAGCUAAACGAGCUAGGACCUCCAAGCCAGAGACCGAACCCGAGUACUUUGAGGAUCAACGCAACUUGGAAGACUUAUGGAAGGAAACAUUCCCUGUUGGAACAGAGUGGGACCAAUUGGAUUCUGUCUAUCAAUUCAAGUGGAAUUUCUCCAAUUUAGAAAAUUCAUUUGAAGAGGGUGGAGCUCUACAUGGUAAAAAGGUUUACCUCUUUGGUUGCACUGAGCCUCAACUGGUCCGUUUCAAUGAAAACAAAGUUAUCUGCAUACCUGUUGUGGUGGCUGUUGUAUCACCUUUUCCACCAUCUGAUAAGAUCGGGAUUAAUUCAGUUCAGAGAGAGGCUGAAGAAAUUAUUCCUAUGAAACAAAUGAAAAUGGAUUGGGUUCCAUAUAUCCCAUUGGAGGAUCGCGAAAGUCAAGUUGAUAGAGUGAAGUCCCAAAUAUAUAUCUUGAGAUGCACCCAAAGAAGGUCUGCUUUAAAGCAUCUGAAGUUGGACAGGGUAAAGAAAUAUAGUACUGCUUACCUUAUUUCUACCAGCCUUUUAGGAGAUGAACUUGAACAGAGCACUGAGGUUCAGAUUAUUUUUCCUGCAGAGCCUAAGCCGGUAUUCUGUGAAUUUGAUUGGGAGUUAGAUGAACUUGAGGAGUUCACAGAUAAUCUCAUCAAGGAGGAGGAGUUAUCAGAAGAUCAGAAGGAUGCCUUCAAAAUAUGGUUUCAUGCUUUUCAUAUAUCUAAUGCAUCAAUGUAUGCUGAUCCUCUUAUGGUUAUAGGAUUUGUAAAGGAAAAAGUUCGUGAAGCAAAAAAAGCAAAUAGAGAGGCAAGGGAAGCUCGAAAAAAAGCCAUUGAAGAAAUGAGUGAGGAAACUAAAGCUGCAUUCGAAAGUAUGAGAUUUUAUAAGUUCUACCCUGUGCAAACACCAGAUUCACCUGAUGUGUCUAAAGUUAAGUCCCCAUUCAUAAACAGGUAUUACGGAAAGGCUCAUGAGGUUCUGUGAUCCGCCCCAAGACGAAAAUGGCAAAAAAGUUUGCUGGCUUGUCUUGCCUGCCUCAGGAGAGAUUUUAAUUUUUAUGAAGUUCAGCAGGUGGCAUCCAAUUUUUCCGCGUGACAGCAGGUUUCUCAAGGAAAAUGCGAUGCAACGAUGUAACCUUAGAACCUAGUGAAGAAAAGUAAGAGACUAAGAUAGUGGGAAUAUGAGAUCUGUUUGUAGAAAAGUUCUUUGAUUCUCAGGGGCUUCAAUUUCAGUGGCUCUUGCCUAUCCUUGUUACGUUAGAGAU